UCUCCCUCUCCCUCCAGUCCUCCAGCUGUUUCCCUGAAACCUAUUAUCCCCUGGGCAUACUGGAGCAUGUUGCUGGCUCCACAUGCCUUAUUGUUUGACAGAGCCCGCUGAUUGGUUUAGACUGUGGGAAACCUGAAUCAGAGUAAGACUCACACAUUCAUAUGGAGAUGCUGUAGUAUAAAUAGGAGGGAUGAAGCCAGCAGAGAUCGGUGCUAUCUACAGAGACUUCUAGAGCACAGAAAUCCAAGCAUGGCACCUAAAGUCACUGCAGCAAUGACCAGUACCCCAGAGCAUCUGACAAUGACUCACAAGCUCAGAAAGCCUCUGGUGGAGAAGUUACGCAGAGAGCGAAUCAACACCUGCAUUGAGCAGCUCAAGUCUCUCCUGGGUCCAGAGUUCCUCAAACAGCAGCCAGACUCCAACCUGGAGAAGGCAGACAUCCUGGAGAUGACCGUUUGCUUCCUCACACAGCUACAGCUGCAGAACCAGCAGCAGAGAAACCUGCUGAACAGCUUCAGCAAGCUGCAGACAGCUUCUGAUGAAAAUCUGAGAGAGGAUGACCUCUUUCCUCUGAGUUCCACAGUCCAGACAAGCACCACGAAAGACAACAGCGCCCUGUGGAGGCCGUGGUAGAGACUCACAUAAAGUAGUCCCUAAUACAAUGGUUUAAAAGACCAUAUUGGUCAAAGAUUACUGGACUGAAUUCCUUGAAAUUCUUUGUACUUUUUCUUCUGUAGUUACAGAAGUCUUUACUUUGUGUGCUUAAUGUGUAAUUUCCUGGUAAAUGACACCAGUACUGUUUUUCAUGUUAAGAAA